CACGCCUCCACUACCUCUCCAGCAACAAACACCCUUCUUUUCUCACAACCUCUCUCUCGCGACCCACCGAAGUCCCACCCAUCCACCGCUAUCCCGCUGAGCUAGCAGACUGCCACCAUGGCCACUGAGCGCGAGAGCAAGACGUUCCUCGCACGACUGUGCGAGCAGGCAGAGCGCUACGAUGAGAUGGUCGGAUACAUGAAGGAAGUUGCAAAGCUCGGCGGUGAGCUUACCGUCGACGAGCGCAACCUCCUUUCCGUGGCCUACAAGAACGUGGUCGGCACGCGCCGCGCGUCCUGGAGAAUCAUCUCGAGCAUCGAGCAGAAGGAGGAGGCCAAAGGCACAGACAAGCACGUUGGCAUCAUCCGCGAUUACCGUCAGAAGAUCGAGACCGAGCUCGAGAAGGUCUGCCAAGAUGUUCUCGAUGUGCUUGACGACAGCCUCAUCCCAAAGGCCGAGACCGGCGAGAGCAAAGUCUUCUACCACAAGAUGAAAGGUGACUACCACCGCUACCUCGCCGAGUUCGCCUCUGGCGAGAAGCGCAAGACAGCUGCCACUGCCGCGCACGAGGCUUACAAGAACGCCACGGACGUCGCUCAGACGGAGCUCACCCCAACUCACCCUAUCCGCUUGGGUCUGGCGCUGAACUUUUCAGUCUUCUACUACGAGAUCCUGAACUCUCCAGAUCGUGCCUGCCACCUCGCCAAACAGGCAUUCGACGAUGCCAUCGCCGAGCUCGACUCGCUUUCCGAGGAGUCCUACCGCGACAGCACCCUCAUCAUGCAGCUCCUGCGUGACAACCUUACCCUCUGGACAUCAUCAGAUGGCGGCGAGCCAGAGGCUGCCGCUGCCGCUGGCGAGACCAAGGCUGAGGAGAAAGCUCCAGAGCCAGCUGCAGAGCCUCCGACUGAGGAGGAGCCAAAGCCAGCUGCUUAAGUGUUGUCAAGUCUUUUACCAGUCAUCAGCGGCGUGCUCUUUAUCAGGAGUUGGUGUGCAGGAGCGUGGACGACGGACGCAUGUUUCCCAUCACCACCUCGAUGAGGCGGGUAAUGAGAAUAGCAUGCAAUGAAUCAUAACGGAGAAGAAUUGCAACCCAAGACACCAGCGGAAUCGGCCAUGAUGCCUGUGGCUCAUGGAUCUGAGAUGUGGAAAGUGUCCAGCUUUGCUUUCCACCAUCACACCACUCUUCGAACCCCUAUUGCGUUUAUGCGAACGAUUCGGCGGCGCUCCAUGUUUAGCCUGUGUUUCUUCUCGACUCUAUCCAGCGACGUAUGUGCUUUUUGAUGAUGACGAUUCUUUCCCCGACGGACUGUGGCCUCAUCGGCUCGACGUCAAGGAUGAGUUGCUACAGAGCUGGGAAUCACCCACUCUACUGACGGUCUCUACCCAAGCUAGCAUACCUACGCAAGCAAUAUCCCAAAA